AGUAACAAUAGAAAUGAGCAUCCAAGAAUCUCUAUAUCUGAGACUUCAUCUUCAUUGCAAUCGAAAGCGAGGCCGUCAUUGCUACGAAUCAUGAGCGUCCUACAUCUAUUGUGUCAAUAGGAAUACUAGGGCGACAUUGUAAAUAGAUAAUGGCUAGCUUUAGACUUCAAAUGUCAAAUUGAAAUCCCCAAUCCUCGAAAAAAUGACUUUUUAUCGCCCAUUAAGUCAAUUCAAAAGCUGGGGACCCACUGCCGGCUGAUUACAGUCGGCACAUUUCGACUUGUGCAAAAGUAUAUGUGUAGUAUGGCUGUAGUAACAGAGUUACAUGCUAAAAGCCUCCUUGGUGCAACUAGUACUUACAUGUAUGCAUACACGAGCCUUCUGCUCUGUGUAGUUUCUAUUGCUCCGGCUGUGGUAUGUACCCAAUCAUAA